AUGCGUGCCCGGAUCAUACAACAGUUAGCUGCGUUGGCACGCUUCUAUGCCCCACUUUUUGGAGGUCGCAACCUUAUCAUUACUAAUACAGUGAGCAGCGGCUUUUUACUGGGAACUGCAGAUAUAGUUCAGCAGGCUCUGGAAAGAAGGCAAAACCCCACACGAAAGUGGGAUGUUGACCGUGCAGCUCACAUGUUUAUAACAGGUUGUAGCAUGGGGCCACUCCUACAUUACUGGUACUUCUUGGUAGACAAAAUAACUCCAAGAAAAGGACUUGAACAUUUCAAAGUUGUUGUCAUCAAGGUAAUGAUCGAUCAGAGCUUUGCUCCAUUCUUUGGAUGCUGGUAUUUCACAAUGAUGGGGCUGCUUCAAGGUCAUAGUUUGGCAGACAGUUUGAAGGAAUUUAGAGAGAAAUUCUGGGACUAUUACUUGGCAGAACUCACUUUGUGGCCUGCGGCUCAGAUGGUUAAUUUUCUGUUUCUUCCCCCUCACUAUAGAGUGCUAUUUGUGAAUGUAGUGACAUUGGGAUGGAACAUGUACCUUUCAUAUCUCAAACACAGAAAUUAA